GACAAUUCGCAGCUGGCUGUAUAUAUGCCGUAAAACCAAGAAUUCCUUUAUGGAUUUUGUGUCGUAGUAGAAUUAUUAAACGGUAUAAACAGUUAUUACACAAAGAAACAUAAAUAAACUCUAGUUCGGUUAAACAUUUAGUGACAAAAAGUGCAUUUUACAACAUGAUCAAGAAGUAAUGGAUCCAAUUGAUAAUGAUUGGCUUGGAUAUAAAAAUGAUCAAAUAGAGGAGGCACCAAACAUUGGCAAUGUAGCCCGCAGUUGGCAAUGGAGGGAACAAGGCAUAGAACCAUUCAACUAUCCCAGCAAUAAAACAGUGCUUGAAAAUGCUGCAGAAGAUAUUCUUGUUCAAAAACCUCUCAAGAUUCGGCGCUGUGAGCUGCCAGGUUACCCAAGAUCCACCUUUCUUAUGGUAUUUAGUCCUGAUGGAACGAAAGUUGCAUCUACUCAUGGGAACCAUAAUAUUUAUGUGUCUGAGUUGGCAAGUGGCAAACAUGUGCGCAUACUUAAAGGUCACCCACGUACACCAUGGUGUAUUGCAUUUCAUCCGUCACAUCCCCAACUGAUUGGCAGUGGGUGUCUCGGAGGUCAAGUACGAGUUUGGGAUAUCUCUAGUGGUGGAAGCGAAGUAUGGAAUGUCCGCACCGAGACUGUCAUAGCUUCAAUAGCAUUCCAUCCACGGGAACAGCUGCUGGUGAUAGCUACAUUCAAUGAACUCUAUUUCUGGGACUGGAACAAACCUGCUCCUUUUACCAAAGUAACCACUAACAAUGCCAAUGAAAAAAUAAGAUAUGUGGCAUUUGAUGCUUUAGGAUACAAACUAAUAACUGGAAUAUCGCAAUGGGUGGGCGUGGCAACACCCACUUCUCUGCCACCACAAGGAUCAACGAGCCCGCCGUUGCAAAAUAUUAGUCAAUUCAGACGAGGAGAUACAGAUGAUUUCAACAAUGCUCCUCCGAAUCCCCCUCCAAAUGUUAACAGCACUUUGAAUGUUAGUGGAACUCUUGCUGCAGCCAUUGCCAACAAUGGUGGAGAUGACUCUGACGAUGAAACGUACAGACGACCGCCGGAUGGCACUCCGCAAGAUAUGAUAGUGAACUCCUACCAAAGUCUAGUUCAACGAUACGACAGCUUAGUGAGGAAUUACCAAAGAUUGUACAUGGUCAGGCACCGACUCGGCAGAACUCCAUCGCCACCGAAUACGAUGGAUCGCGGGACAGACCCCAUGGAGACGGACCCUUCGCCCGGCGGCAUCACCCGCAUCGCCAGACCCACUCCACAAGAUGCAGGCAACUCUGGUGCGAGCACCUCGCGUGCACAAAACGAGGGUGAAAAUGUCGAGGUCCCGGGCGCUAGCAUUCGAUUCCCUAAUUUUAAUUCUUUGACAUUGGGAAACAGCUCACCCAGGGAUCAACCUCCAUCUCAAGAGGAACAGUCUAUCUUCGGAUCCGUAUCCUCAGCGUUUCAACCUCUGAACGAUUUCGCCGGCCGGCCCUUGAAUAGACCUACAUUCAGUACUCAUCUGUCGAGGAUGUUGAUCAAUCCGUUCUCAUCCGCGGGCGGCCCUCCCACAUCUAGCAACAGAGAUUCCCAGCUCGAGGACAACUCGACUAAUUCUUCGCGCACGAGCAUAUUUAUCUCCUCCCGGCCGGAGACCGAAAGAUCUGCAAAUGCAAACGAAACGCAACGCGGACCGCAGAGAGACGCCUCGCAACCACCACCCGCCUCGCGCCGAGAUCGCGUGCCCAUAAUACUCGAAGCGCUCGCGUCUCCCAUCAGCCGCUGGCCGCCUCCGCCUCCCUACAGGACCUUCAGGAGCGGCUCUCAAAGGCCCACCAUGACCAACUCUUCCACUCAAAUGAGCCCCGUCUCCAUGCCGAUGGAGGCGCGGACUAUAAAUGAGAGUUUAGAUUUAAUUCGUGACAUACUUCGAGAUUCCGGUACCAGGCUGCUGAAUUUGAUCACCAACAUGUCCUUGGCGACGUUGGCUAACAUGGAAAGAAAUAAUCCUAAUAAUCCCCUACGCGGAGGUAACGGCCCCGCUCAACGCCUCACCGCCGGCGCCGCGUUGAGCGGCCGCGCCUCCCGCGACAACAGGGAUCCGCUCUCCUCCUCCUCCGAUUCCGACAGCGAUCAGUCUAUGGAACUAAAUAUAUUUAGAACGCCCAAUUCGAACUUCAGAGAGGAUGAUGAUGUCUCGGACGAUGAGGCGGCCGCCACUUCCAACGAUGGCUCUCAACUACCCACCGACAGGAUGACGUUUGAAUUAAACGUCAACUUGCCCGACGAGACCGGAACGAAUGGCAUUAACCUGUCGGCUAGCGGUAGUCGAUUUCAUAUUCGUACUCAUAAGUUCGAAGCCGACGAAGGGGAACCGAGCACGUCCACCGAAGAUCGCCCCGGCACGUCCGGCACGUCCGGUGCAUCCGGAACCUCCGGCACGUCCGGUGCAUCCGGAACCUCCGGAACGUCUGGAACGUCUGGGACGUCUGGAUCUCGCCCUCAGCCCAAUGUAUUUCGACAUAAUGUGUCAUCCACAAGUCGCGAUACGUCUCGCACCCGAGGUAAUGUCGUUCCUCCUAGUGAAAUUUAUAGGAAGGUAAAAUCCGCUGUAAACGCCCUACAGAAACAUACCGUGAUACUGACGAACUUGUGGUUACACGGUCACCGGAUCACUAUGAACCAGCUGCGCAAUACGUGGGACAACCUGCGCCGGCGCGUGCUCGUGCUGCAGCGGCAGACCGGCCACCAGGAUGUGCCCACUCAGUACACGCGCACCCUGCUCGAGCGCUGCAUGAUACUGACGCAAAUGUCAGAAAAUCUCCGAACUACCGGCACCUUCGCUACCAGGCAGAGGACCGAUAACAACGAAACAACCGGCCAAAGUGGGCAAAGUGGGGGUGCGACCGCUUCUAGCGGACAAGAUCCACCGCCGCAGAACUAUAGAGCCAGGCCGUCAUCCGCUGCGAGAUCCAAUCAGAGAAGGUCCUCGCCGUCCCCCCGGUACCCGCCUCAUCUCAGGCAAAGACUGAUGUCUCAUCGCAGGUGGACGGUCGAGGAUGAAGUGAGACGAAGACUCAGGAAUCCUACAUUACACCGUCUAACUGAAAGGUACGGCAGCAGACCUCGCAGGGAAUUCGCUAGGGCUCUCGAAAUCAGUGCGACCAAACACGAAAUCCGUAUGAGAGCCAUGCAGGUCCUCUCGGUGAUGUUCAACAUGAUGAUGAUGUGUCUGGAGGAGCGCGGCCUGAGUAAUGUUAUCAUUACAAUGCUGAGAACCUUGAAGAAAGCUUUGGCGCUCACUUGUCUGAUGCUUAUGUCGAACAGACGCAACGCUCGACAUCAUGAUAAUCCGGCGCAGCAGGCCGUGCGCAUGGAGGCUCUCAACGUGGUGCGAAUCGAGCACAUCGACCACGCGGGCCCGAUCAACGUCGACGAAUCGCCUAAUUCCUUGUCCAGCGGCUCCGAUGACGAUCAACACCAGCGCGAUCUUUAUUUAACUUCUCAACAACCAUCGCGCAAAUCUCGCGACGCGCAGAGACAGAACGCGAAUUCAUCGAAUAGAAGGAGUGAACAGAUGCAAGAAAACUCACCGGCGUCCUCCGCCGCGAGCUCCUCCGCUCAAAAAUGGAGCAACCGACUCGCCGUUCAAAUUUCAGCGGCGAACCGAAAUAACUCGAUUACAGCGAUCAAUCGAAGAAAAAUAUAUUUGGAGCGCAAGCGACAAAAAGCGUUGCACAGGACGAAUCCUUCGGCUCAUCCGCUACAAAAGAAAAAACUUCUUCCGCCGGUGUCCAAUCACAGAAUUCCCGCUCUACGCUCUAUGCCGCGGAAACCUAAGACCGGUUUCAGGUACAAUCCGAACAGAAACCAAUCGUCGAAUACCGACCCGAUCCCGGGCCCCUCCAGCCUGGCGCCGGGCGCCGAGUCUACGAGUCAGGAGACGCCCAGAAACGAAUUAUUAGUCGAUUUGGAGAACAGAGUAAAUUUAAUAAGAUUGGCGCACUUACAAACCAUGAGGAUGCGUCAAGCGCGGAGGCACAUGGAAAUGAUAAGGGUGUACGCGCCCAGCUCGGGGCGCGACAUCGUCUCUCGUCCGUUUGGCAACAGCGAGAUCUUGCCGCGGGACCAGCGGAUCGCGAUGCAAGCCAGCUUUCCGACACUGGCGUCGGCGCCGGCACCACCUCCGCCCGCGGUCCCGGCUCCGGCACCGGCCCCGGCACCGGCUCCCGCUUCGGCUCCGGCUUCGGCUCCGGCACCAACUCCAGCUUCGGCUUCGGCUCCGGCACCGGCUCUCGCUUCGGUUCUGGCUUCGGCUUCCGCUUCCGCUACGACGACCCCGGCCCCGGCUCCGUCCCCGGAGAUCAGGCGGCGCCCAUUCCCCGAGUACCUGCCGCCGCCGCCCUCCUACUACGGCGACAGCGACCCUAUAUACUAUCAGGAACGCUACCUUCCGAACAGCGCCUCAAUACCCAUAGUGCAAUUCCGCGAACUGCCAUACGACGCCUCCGGCAACCCGGCGCAGAGACUGCCGAGGAUACACGAAUAUCUGCAGCCGAUUAUUCUAGCGCAGAAUGCAAUGUUGGUGGAGGAAGAGGCUAACGCGAUGAACGGCGGCGGUGGUGCGGGCGGCGGUGCUGGCGGCGGUGCGGGGGGCGCUGCAGGCGGGGGAGGCGGCGAGGCAGGCGUGCGGCUGGUGGGCGCGCGGCGCGUGGGCGGCAUGGGGGGCAUGGGAGCCAUGGGUGGCAUGGCGGGCCUGCUGGACGCGGGCAUCAUCUCGGAGACGAUGCCGGCGCCCGCGCACCGCGUGCAGGCCUGGGACUUCACCGCCGGCGCCGCGCCCGACAUCGCUGACAGUAACAAGAACGUGGUGGUGCGACGGUGUAGGAUCCACAACGACGCAAGUAUCGACAUAUCCAAGGACGGCAGACUUCUCGUGGCGCUGCUGCCGGUGCCGAGAUUUAGAAACACCAAUCAUUUGCUAGGCGUGUAUUCGCUGGAAUGGUCGCGGCUGGGCCACUGCCUGCACACAGCUGUGCUGGAGCAGAGUCCGGUGUCGGUGGCGCUGUCGCCCACCUCGCGGCACCUCGCCGUCGGCCUCGGGUCGCGCCGCUUCACCACCACGCCGCACGCCAGGAACAACGUCUUCGCACAACUCUAUCGCCUCGAUCCACCCGAAAAUACGAGCAGGACCGGUCUGGCGCCGAUCAAGGAGUUGGAGCAGAACUGGGAGCACGGCUUCACCAGCCUCAACUGUCUGCGCUGGGCGCCGCAGCCCGGACAGGGACUCGUCUACGCCAACAACACCGGCCAGCUCAUCAUCAUGAGCUAAGUGCACAAAACAACUGUAUACCAUACCCAUACCAGAUCAACGCCUAAAUAUUGUAAAUCAUCAUCAUCCACCUUUGUCCUCUGCUGAACAUAGACCAUGUUAAAACAUACAAACAUAAAAUUCCAACCACGGCGGCCAUUUUAUCUAAAAUUUUGUAGUUUUUUAGUAAUUAAGAAAAAAUGGUUUGAAUUGGCCAAUGAUAAUGCGUAUUUAUAAAAUUUAGGCAUUAAUUUGGAACAAGGUAUUCCAUUGAUAACGUAUUUCUGAAUCAUUUCGUCAUUGGCUCAACAAUAAACUCGAGUAAUGAGUUUCAUAUAUCUAGCAAACAAUCUAAGUAACUCAUGGCUUGUAAGACGAUUAAAUUUAGUUGAAUACUCUGUAUUUCUAAAUUAUCACUCAAUUAUAACAGAAAUGACAACAAACUUCUGACAAGACUUUACUUAUCAAACUUAAAAAAGACAAUCACUGAACUAGUAACAAUAAUAUUUGGACGCUCUAGUUAAAAUACUAGAAUAUUCCCAUUUUUAAUAUAAUAUAGAAAAUUCUAUCCGAAUUGUGACAUAUAACUUUUAUGACUUGAAUGAGAGAAAGGAGGAGCAAAGGAAACUUUUGAAAUGGAUACAUGGCCUGUGUGUUAACAGAUGGUAGAUUUAAUAAAGAAAAUGGAAUAUCCCGGAAUGUGUCAAUGACCUGGCUAUACAUAAUCUGUAUUGGAGCCAUAGAUAUGGAAUAAAAACAAGUAUAGACAUGACUAAAUAACGAUUCUUCGUAAUUUAAUCACCAAAUGGUAAAAUAUUACCGUCGAAUGAACGGUAGAGUUGAGAAAUUGAGCCAAAUGUAUGUCUAUUGAGGUUGUAUUUAAGAGAAAUGUAUGGAUGUUUGAAUGUUUAGAAUGCAAGAUUGGCUUGAAUGUUUAUGUAUUUGUUCUGAUUAUGUUUAUGCAGUGUACAAAAAACAGUUCGCCUAGUGUUCGUUUAUCCGAUAUAUUUGGUUUGUUCCGCGUCGAUGUGCACUAAAAUGACAGUUCAUUGCAAAUGUCAAAAAGGAAUCAAUGCCAAUGCAACGUGGACACAAUGACUGAUUGUUUUGUUUUAAAAAGUAACCUCAAAAAAUGCCAUAUUGAUUUUUUGAUUUAUUUAAAUCAGAGGUUAGGAGUAUACUGGGAAUUAUUGCAUAUUAAAAAAAUGUCAAAUAGGUGUAAUGUGAGUAAUUAGGAAUAUCGAUGUUGAAAAUGUAUCGAUGUUUUAUCAAGAAGCAGUGGAGUCAAGUUCAUUUAUAAAGUUGGACUUUUGCAAUAAUUAUGUUGUCUUUGAAAUGCAAAAUACUGUAAUCAUGUAGGAUUGCGUCAAACCAUAACUGUGGAAUCGACUACAGUGAAGUUCUAUUAUCGCACAUAGUUGUCUAUGGUAGUCACGAGAGAAACCCACAGCAAUGUGGUUAAUCAAUAAAAAUUUAUCCUUUUAGUGUACAGUGUUUUUCAAAGUUCGGGUCGCAAAUCGUAGAUAGGUCGAAAUGCCUCGAAAAAUUGUGGUAAUUUAUAUUGCCGUCACCUACACAGCGUGGUUAACUAACCGUGAGUUUCCGAUACCAAACCGUUUAAAACAUAUUGUCUUCCGGUUAUCUUUGACAAAACAGAUGACAAUAUGUUUUUAACGGGGAUUAUUGUCUCGGAACGACGGCAUAAUCAGCUAUGCGGAAAUAAGUGGAACAAUCAAUAACCACUUUUCUGUCAUCUCGGGUCUCGAAUAAGUGGUUUGUUUGUUUGUUGGUCGUGUAGUGAAUAAAGAUGAAAAACACUGAUUUACACAAUUACAUUUAAAUUGAUUUAAUUUCUUUCACUAGUGCCAUUUGAUAUCCGAAGGCAUUUUUAUGUGUUCAUAAAAUCGAUGUUACGAUUAUGAUGAAACACAACAUCGAUAUUUUAUAAUUACCUAUAAAAUAUUUCGAUAUAGUCAAUGUUUCAAAUUUUAAGGUUAUUAUAUGUAU